AUGUCCAACUCAUCUCUGGUCCACUACACCACCGUCACCCGCGACAUCGACGCACCCAUUGGCGAAGUCUGGGGCCUCGUGGCGGGCUUCGGCGCCGAAAAGGCAUGGUACCCAGGCGCCAAGUCGGUAUCUCUCGAAGGAUUUGGAAUAGGCAGCGUCCGCACCUUUAACUACGUCUACCCUGCCGGCAAAAAUCAGGGCCAGGAAUAUACAUUCUCUGAGGAGCUUACGGAGUGUGACGCCUCUAAGCACUCGAUGACUUUCCAAGUUCGAAGACCCGAUUACCCCGACAUGAUCGCCUUUGGAACAACAGUCUUAGAUGAGCUUGGGCCUAAUAAGACCCAUUUCCGGUGGAUCGCGGAGGGUUCGCCUUUGCCUGAUGAGUUUAUUGGGGUUUUGCGCGAGGACCUUAAUGAACGUUUUGAUGGGCUUAUUGUUGCCAUCGCCAACCAGCUGGUUUAG